CCGCUUCCUGACAAGUGAAAUCUCCCGCCACCCGGGAAACAAGCUGCAGGCUGGUGUUUUUUCGCAUUUGGUGUGGUUGCAGAAGCUAACAAGAUGGAGUUUUCUGGAGCAAAGCGGAAGAAACUGAAGUUGGCAGGUGAUCAGAGGAAUACUUGCUACCCUCAUAGCCUUCAGUUUUACUUGCAGCCGCCUUCUGAAAACAUCUCUUUGAUGGAGUUUGAAAACUUGGCGAUCGAUAGAGUUAAGUUGCUAAAAGCAGUUGAAAAUCUUGGUGUGAGCUAUGUGAAAGGAACUGAGCAAUACCAGACUAAGUUGGAGGCUGAGCUUCGAAAGAUCAAGUUUUCCUUCAGAGAAAACUUAGAAGAUGAAUAUGAACCACGAAGAAGAGACCAUAUUUCUCACUUUAUUGUGCGCCUUGCUUAUUGCCAGUCUGAAGAUCUUAGACGCUGGUUUAUUCAACAAGAAAUGGAUCUCCUUCGAUUUCGAUUCAGUAUUUUACCCAAGGACAAAAUUCAAGAUUUCUUAAGGGAUAGCCAUUUGCAGUUUGAGGCUAUAAAGGAUGAAGAGAAGACUCUCCGAGAAAGGGACAUUACUGCUUCAUCACCCAGUUUAGGUGGGACUAAGUUGGAGUUGGAGUCAGUGUAUAAGAUCCCUUUUGCUGAGGCUCUCGAUUUGUUCCGAGCAAGGAAAGUGUAUUUGGAAGAUGGCUUUGCUUAUGUACCACUUAAGGACAUUGUGGCAAUCAUCCUGAAUGAAUUUAGAACCAAAUUGUCUAAGGCUUUGGCAUUAACAGCCCGGUCCUUGCCCGCUGUACAGUCCGAUGAGAGACUUCAGCCUCUGCUUAACCACCUCAGUCAUUCCUACACUGGUCAAGAUUACAGCACACAGGGAAAUGUUGGGAAGAUUUCUUUAGAUCAGAUCGAUUCGCUUUCUACCAAAUCCUACCCACCUUGCAUGCGUCAGUUACACAAAGCCUUGCGGGACAAUCACCAUCUUCGUCACGGAGGCCGGAUGCAGUAUGGCCUCUUCCUGAAGGGCAUUGGGUUAACAUUGGACCAGGCAUUGCAGUUCUGGAAGCAAGAAUUUAUUAAAGGAAAGAUGGAUCCAGACAAGUUCGAUAAAGGCUACUCUUACAAUAUCCGUCACAGCUUCGGGAAGGAAGGGAAGAGGACAGAUUAUACACCGUUCAGUUGCCUGAAGAUUAUUCUAACCAAUCCACCAAGCCAAGGGGAUUAUCAUGGGUGCCCAUUCCGUCACAGUGAUCCAGAGCUGCUGAAGCAGAAGUUGCAGUCAUACAAGAUCUCUCCCGGAGGGAUAAACCAGAUUUUGGAUUUAGUAAAAGGGACACAUUACCAGGUAGCCUGUCAGAAAUACUUUGAGAUGACACAUAAUGUCGAUGAUUGUGGCUUUUCAUUGAAUCAUCCUAAUCAGUUCUUUAUUGAGAGCCAAAGGAUUCUAAGUGGUGGUAAAGACAUCAAGAAGGAAUCCAUCCAACCAGAAACUCCUCAACCCAAACCAAGUGUCCAGAAAACAAAGGAUGCGUCAUCUGCUCUGGCUUCUCUAAAUUCCUCUCUGGGAGUGGAUAUGGAGGGACUAGAGGAUUAUUUCAGUGAAUGAUUUUUGGGCAGUUAGUGAUCCUUUUUCCUCACUAGCUUUCAGUCCUCACUUUUAACAGUUUUGCCUUUUUCUUUUUUAAUCUUUUUGUCUAACUUCUCCCUCCUUCCCAUCCCACCCCAAUCCAUCCACGUUCUUAGGAAAUCCAUCUUAGGAAAGCAGGCUUGCAGAUAAAAACAAAGACCUCCACCAUAUUUUGCUUUGACAGAAGGGAAGAAGAAUUUCUCUUGAAAUCUAUCACUUAAAUAGUGUGAUUUAAGUCCUGUUUUAGGAAGUAAAAUAGCUUUCUAGACUAGUUACAGCCCCCUAGAAACAAUACAACUGAAAACAACUUAUUUUAACCCUUAUAAGUUUGAUCCAACCCUUUUCUGGCCCAUUUUUGUUAAUAAAUAUCAAAAUGUAUAUGAGUGUAUCUGUGUGUAAUUGCAAGAGUCAUAUAAUGUCAUAACAGAUUAGACAUUAUCUCAAUUUUUAAAGAGGUAUUUUGGAAUAUCCAACACACUGUAAAAUCACCAAUCGGGAUUUUAAACUUGUUUUUUUUUUCUUUGAGUUGGCCAUUGGUUGUUCCACAUCAGCAAGGACAAUUUUUGCUCCUUUGAGUGUCAGCAAACACUGCUGAAAUGAUUGUGACU